GGCAUGGAGGAGACCGGGGCUGGUUCAUAAUGGCACCGCGCCCGUCGCGGUUCGGGCCAGCGCGUGCUUUUCCCUAUGGCGGUUGCGCGGGGACGCGAAGACGGUCGCGCAUCGCGGGAAGCGGAGCUCGAAGCAAGGCGUGGAGGGAGCGACGAGGGCGGGGGGAGAGGGGAGGGAGGAGGGAGGAGGGAGGAGGAGGAGGAGGAGGAGGAGGAGGAGGAGGCAGGGGGGAGGCGGAGGCAGGGGGGGGAGGAGACCCAGGGAGGGAGGCAGGGAGGAGUCCCCGCGGGCAGGGCGUCCUGCCCACGAGCCUCGCGCCCACGUGCCGCCCGUGCGCCGUGUUGCUGCGGCCGGAGCGCGACGGGGGUCGGCGCUGCGAGGAGAUGGAGGAGGCCCUGCGCGGCCUCGAGGGCCAGGAGGUGGAGGUCUUGAUGUCCCAGAUCGUGAUCGACGAGCUCGCCGCCUGCGCUGUCAUCCAGCUUCCUGCGCACGUCCCCUGCGCGUCCGAGGUGCCGCACGUGCUGCUAGGGGCACAGGCGGGCACGUCGGCCGCGUACGCGGAGAGGAUGCUAUUGCAGGCGCGGGCGGGCAGCAGGACGGGGGCGAAGUCCAUACCGCUGCCGCGGACGCGCAGGCUGAAGGGGACGCUGGUGUACGCGGCUUGAAGCCACCUGCGGCAGCUGCGAAGCACGGCCAUCCAGGCGCGACAGAGAGCGUGCCAUGGAGGCAGGGAAGAGAUAAGAUUAUAUAAGAGAGAGAGAGAGGGGGGGAGAUAGUGCUGGCAGGGAGCGUGCGCACGCUUCCCGCCCCCUCGACGGGGCUGUUGGGAGCGCCCCCCCCCCCCACACACACACACACUGCCUCGGCUGCGCCCGAGAGUGAGCGCCCUCCUCGCUCCUACCCCCGCGCCGCCACCCAAAAAAGGGGGAGUGUGACAGGCCUCGUAUGUACAGUGCCGUUCUUCAUACAUGCUCCGCGUGCGGAUCAUGCAUUAAAGAUGCAGGGAUCUCGUAUUAUCAACAACGAUGAAUUCACGCAUAUCUUUUUUUCAUAAAUUCUUCAUGCAUUAAUAUCCUAUAAUUUAAACUUCUAUGUGUUAGAAACUGCCCUGUAUGCGGCUGGGCCAGGCUAGGCCAAAGCUCCUCGUCUGGGAAAGGCACACGCUCUGAAUCAGCACUGCCUAUUCGGAAGGGCCAGGGCCAUCCGUCGGCGGACCCUCGGCGAGUUGAGCCUCGAGCCCCGGACAGAGAAUGCCGUGGCCUCUCUCGCGUGGCGUCGCGGUUCCGGCCGCGGAUGCUGCGACGCGUCCAGGGCGAGGGCUGCUAAAGGUGCCCUUCGCCCAGGGUGCCCCAAGUUUUUCGUUUCAUGCUGGAGCCCUUGGGCGUCCUGGGUCUCGUGAGGGGUGCUCUGGAGUCCGUGGGGGCCUCCCCUGGAAAUCGAGAGGGCACCAUGGGGUGGCUCCUUGGAGGGGACCUUCUGCACAGGAGAGCCCCCCCACACGCCCUCUGCGAGGCAGGGAAGGCCCCUCUCCCAAUGUCUAGAAUGUGGCGCCUUUUGUC